GGGCCGGGCAGGGCGCGCGGCGAGUGAGCGCGGCCCCGCUCCGCUGCCGCCGUCUCCGCCGCCGCCGCUGCCGCCCCCGCCUCGGCAUGAGGAAACGCAACGAGUCGGUCACGGUGGAGCAUGAGCGCGCCGCCGCUGCCGCCGCCACCGCCGCGCCCGGGCAGCUCGACAAGGGCUGCAGCCUGAGGCGAAGCYUGCGCCUGCCUGCCGCUGCCGCCGCCGCCGAGGGCAUGAAACGACCGCUGGGCAGGCGAUACGGGUUAUGGUUUCGAUUGAGGAAGUUACUGCUCUGGUUGCUGGGAAUGUACAUAGCCAUCCCAUUUCUAGUCAAACUUUGCCCUGCUAUUCAGGCAAAGCUGGUCUUCCUAAACUUUGUGAGGGUCCCAUAUUUCAUUGACUUGAAAAGACCACAGGAUCAAGGUUUAAACCACACCUGCAAUUAUUACUUGCAGCCAGAGGAGGAUGUAACCAUUGGAGUCUGGCACACGGUCCCUGCAGCCUUAUGGAAAAAUGCCCGAGGGAAGGACCAGCUGUGGUUUGAAGAGGCUUUGGGCUCCAGCCAUCCUGUGAUCCUCUACUUGCACGGCAAUGCAGGAACAAGAGGAGGGGAUCACCGUGUGGAGCUUUACAAGGUUCUCAGCUCCCUUGGGUACCAUGUGGUGACGUUUGACUAUCGAGGCUGGGGUGACUCCAUAGGCAGCCCGUCAGAGAGGGGAAUGACCUAUGAUGCCCUUCAUGUCUUCGACUGGAUAAAAGCACGGAGUGGAGACAACCCUGUCUAUAUCUGGGGACACUCCCUGGGCACAGGGGUUGCGACGAACCUGGUGCGGCGCCUUUGUGAGCGAGAAACGCCCCCGGAUGCUCUGAUCCUGGAAUCGCCGUUCACCAACAUCCGGGAGGAGGCGCGGAGUCACCCCUUUUCCGUGAUAUACAGAUACUUCCCUGGAUUUGACUGGUUCUUCCUUGACCCCAUCACAACAAGUGGAAUUAAAUUUGCAAAUGAUGAGAAUGUGAAAUACAUUUCCUGCUCCCUACUCAUCCUUCAUGCYGAGGAUGAUCCAGUGGUACCAUUUCAUCUGGGAAAAAAGCUUUACAACAUCGCGGCCACGUCGCGGAGUUUCCGGGACUACAAGGUGCAGUUUGUGCCCUUCCACACAGACCUCGGCUACCGGCACAAGUACAUCUACAGGAGUCCAGAGCUACCUCGGAUACUGCGGGAAUUCCUGGGAAAAUCUGAACAYGAGCAUCAUCACUGAAGAGCGGCUGCUUGUCAGCACAGAGAUUUUCCUUUCCUUCCUCUCCUUUUCCUCCCCGCUCCCUGUGGGUCAGUCUGCCGUUCUUCCGUCCCUGGCACUAGAGGAGGUCAGGGAUUCCCAUUCCAGUCCUGAUGUGUACCCUUGGCAACUCCAGCUUCUGGCAUCAGCAUCUGUGACGGCAGAAGGAAGAAGCUGUUGCUUCUUUUUGGACACGGAUGGAGGGGUGGUAACAGCCCGGGAGCCAGUACCAAACCGGGAAAAACGUAAGCGCAGCAAAGCUUCACCAAUCCAUCGUGGUACUGCUGAGGACUGAUGUUCCUAGGACACUGUGUCAUGACCAAGGAUGUUUCUUUCACUUUUAAACAUUGCUGCUGGUUUUGGAUCAUGUAGAGAUUCAUUUGUAGGCAAAUGGCUUUUGCCAUGUCUCUUUACCACAGUUGUCUUGCUUGAGUUUGAGGUGUUCUCUUUCUAGAAAAUACAUGUUUUGCCUUUC